AUGGACUCUUUUUCGGCCCAAGCCGGUGAGAGUAGUGCAUCUGGUAAGUCUAAGCGUGACGGAAAAAGAAAGCGUAAUGUUGAGGUGGAGGAUAAAAUAAUCGGGCUAAUUUCAUCUGGUUGCGAGGAGACGAACAAGCGUCUUUCUGAAUUGUCGACACAUUUUACAAACCAAGCUGAUGCAAAGAGCAAUGAAUUGCACAACACAGUAAUGGAUCAGACGACGAGCUUGGGUAACAUUGCGCGCCGCUUCCGGUUGGAGGGGUGGACCGAGGAGGAAGAGGAGGUUUGCUAUCGUCUCUUUUUUCAUAAAUGUGCAGAAAUGGACGACGUACACAUGGCACCCGUCCUGGAUUCGUUAUGGUUCGGACUCUCCCGUCAGUUAUCGGAGCUCAUGCAGAAGGACUUUUCAUGGAUGAAGGUACGUGAUAAAAUCCACUAUCUCGGGGACAUUACCAUGACCACACCGGGAUUCGGCGUUCAUGAUGAUGACUCUUUGGUUAGUGUGAACCGAGACUACUGGAAUUUCGUCGGAGAGGAGACCAAUUUAGAAGUGUAUUUUCAUUGGAAUGGCUUCAAAUGGUACAAUGAGUGUGUGCAGCUGUGGAACUUACAGGGGGCUGCACAAGUGGACAUCGAGAGUAACCCAAGUCAGACUUUGCCAAACCCAAUUGUUAUGUACAAUUGUUAUGGAAGUCGCAACAAUUGCAAUGGUGUUCGACUCCCCCGCCUUGGAAUGCUCACAUGGGUGUGUGUAUUCACUGAGCCUUCGGAUGAAUCCUGA